AUGGAGCGCAUCGCCAGCAUUAUCCUCCGCAUAGCCGAGAUCGGCUUCGGAGCCGUCGUCGCCGGCGUCAACGGUGAUAUCAUCGACGCCUGGACAGACGCCGGCGCAGAUUCUUGGAGCAUGGGACGCUUCAUCUACACCGAAGUCGUGGCGGGGCUGUCCAUCCUGCUUUCCAUCCUGCGGCUCAUACCACUCUCUUGGACGUUUACGCACUGGCAUGCUGAUCUGAUCAUAAGUCUCUGCUGGUGGGCUGCUUUUGGGCUCCUGGUUGAUCAACUCGAUCAGGGUGCCUGCGGAGGCGCCUUCGACUGGGACAACAUCUCCCUGAGGGGAGACCCUUGCGGCAAGUUCAAGGCCGUCGUGGCCUUUACCUUUCUAUCGGCGCUCGUCUGGCUCGUCUCGGCCAUCAUCGGAUUCUUCUGGACGGAGAAACGCGUGGCCAGGUCUGAGAUGGCGGGGUUGAGGCGCCGUCGCUGGCACCGCUGGAGCUACGCGUGA